AUGAGCGAAGAAACAUCGUCGGCGUUACUUGAACAGUUGGUUUAUAUCGACAACUAUAUCAAUGCCCAGUCUGGGAACAAUACUGAAAGCUCCAAUGCUACGCCCAACGUCGAUGUCGAUGGACAGUUGAGCUUGGACUUGGCAGCGUUUGCUGAUGAUUCAUUUAUAUUCCAUGAUGAGGAUAAGCCCAAGGGUUUGUUCUACGGUGAUGAUCAUAAUGAGCAGCAUGACGGAGAGGAAGAUGAAGAAGAAGAUGAUGAUGAGGACGAAGUGGAAGGGGAUGACGAGGAGGAGGAGGAGGAUGAGGUACAACGUGCAAAGGGGAAAAGCGCGAGUAAAUCCAAGGCCAAGGCAAAGGCCAAGGCAAAGAGGAAGAGGGAGCGGGAGAAUGAUGGGUUGAGCAGUUGGGAUAUUCAAAACUUCAAUGCUAUCGCCGCUACAAACUUUCCCAGUCAUAACGAAGUCAAGGAUGAAACCAAUGUGUUUAGCAAACACGAAGAUGGAGCCGUUGGAUUUCUACAACUGCAGAACCAUAAUCACGCCCACACUGGUCAUGAAAUAAAAUCAGCUGGUGCAACUCAAAACAUCCUCAACUUGAAUGAUUUGCCUAAAUUCCCCGUGCCUCCAGGCGCCAAGUCUUCUUUGGUCAGCGCUGGUUUAUCGCAGAACCAAAUUGAUUUGCUUAGUGCUUUGGUGGCUCAACAUCAAACAAGUAUGGGUAAACCCAUUGCCCAAGGUCAUCUGCAACCACCAGCACCAGCACAACAACAACCUCAACCGCGGCCAUCGCGGACGGGACCUGCAGAUGUUGACCCUUCCCUACAUGGCAUUGUGCCGAGUGCAAGUUCGACUGCACCAUUCACCGAGCCGCAUAACCGCAACCACCACCAUAAUCAUAAUCAAAAUCACAAUCAUAUUCACCACCAAAGCCCAAGCCACAUCUUCAUAGCCCCAAUCACGCCCACCACAUCAUCUCUCUCGCCUACGGACCACCUCACUCAAACACAGCUGCAAUUUGUCUCGCAACCGCAAGUUCCACUCCUUCAUUCUCAACAACCCAACGCGUCGGCUACUUCCUUCAUCGACCCUUUAAUGCACCAGCAAAAUCACAAUCACCAACUUCAGCAUCAGCAGCAGCAUCAUCGUAACCUGCUCCUGCUGCAUCAGCACAACCAACUUCAUCAGCAUCACCAGAACGCACCGUCGUCGGUAGCAUCAACCAGCUCAAACAUAAGCUCCCCCGACGCCGCCGAGCUAGAUAAAAAACGAAGAAACACGGCAGCAUCAGCGCGCUUCCGCAUCAAGAAAAAGCUCAAGGAGCAGCAAAUGGAGAAUAAGAUCAGUAGUCUCCAGGACUUGAUCGAGAAUUUAGAGGAGAAGUUGAAUAAUUUGGAGAUGGAGAAUCGAUUGUUGCGCAAUUUGAUCAUUGAGAAGGGCAGUCAGAAGGGCGAUGAUGAGGUCAAGUUGUUGAAGGAGCGGGCUAAGCUGAAUCAGUAG